AUAGCUGCACAGAGUGCCUCACUGACAGAUCCGAGCAUCCAGCCCGGGGCCACCAUGGUCUGCAUCUGGAGGAUGUCUCACGUGCUUCUGCUCUAUGUGUUGUCCACUUGGCUCACUGGGCACUGCCACUUGUACAACAACCGCUACGCAGGGGAUAAAGUAAUAAGAAUUGUACCUAAGAAUGACAAGGAAGCAAAUGAAUUAAAGAAUAUGUAUCACCAGCUUCAGGUGGACUUAUGGAAGCCCAACAGUAUCAGCUCCAUAUUGAAAGACACUGUGACCGAUGUGCAUACAUCUAGCAACAGUUCCCGUACCUUGCUUGACUACUUGAGGAAAGCCAACAUUAAGCACAAGAUCCUUGUAAAUAAUGUGCAGAAGUUGCUUGAUAUGCAGAAUUCUUCUAGACCAACUAGACAUCGAAGGUCAUUGUCAAGAUAUAAUUAUGAACAGUAUCAUUCAUUAGAUGAGAUUGUACGAUGGAUGCGUCACAUGAAUAAGACUCAUGCUAAUCUUGUUUCUAUGUUCUCCAUUGGAAAGUCAUACGAAGGAAGAAAACUGUUAGUGCUUAAGUUGGGUGAAAAGAACGCAUCCUAUAAGAGAGCUGUCUGGUUGGAUUGCGGUAUUCACGCAAGGGAAUGGAUCGGACCUGCAUUUUGUCAGUGGUUUGUGAAAGAGACAAUUAAUGCAUACUACAAUGAACCUGAGUUUAAAAAAGUGCUAAGCCUUCUUGAUUUCUAUGUGAUGCCUGUAUUGAAUGUGGAUGGCUAUCAUUACAGCUGGAAUACUGAUCGCUUUUGGAGAAAAACAAGAUCUAAGUACAGGUUUAACUGCUAUGGGGUAGAUGCUAAUCGUAACUGGAAAGUGAACUGGUGUGAAGAAGGCGCUUCUUUAAAUCCAUGUGACAGCACCUAUUGUGGUCCCUCUCCUGAGUCCGAGCCAGAAGUAAAGGCGGUGGCUAAAUUUAUAUACAAGAGACGAAAACGGAUAAAAGCUUACAUGUCUUUUCAUGCAUAUGCACAAAUGUUACUCUACCCAUAUUCCUAUCAGUAUGACUACAUCCCAAACUUCAAAUGUGUGGAGUCAGCUGCCAAUAAAGCCGUUGAAGCUAUCAGAUCAGCUUAUGGUAUAAGGUACAGACAUGGUCCAGCUUCUUCUACAUUGUAUUUGAGCUCUGGAAGCUCCAUAGAUUGGGCCUACAAUAACGGAAUACCUUAUUCAUAUGCAUUUGAACUGCGUGACACCGGAUACUAUGGCUUCAUGCUACCAGAUUCGCUUAUUAAACCAACCUGCGCUGAAACAAUGUUGGCAGUAAAAAACAUCACAAUGCAUGCACUCAAGAAAUGUCACUAAGGUUUAAACGUACUUGUUUCAUAUUGGAUAUACCACAUCCUUGAAAAAAAGUCAUUAUAUUGUUUAGAGAUUUGAGAAACAUAGUAAGAGCUUGACAAAUGUCGCACCCUCAUAGUUAAUGAACAUAAACUCAGUAUGGUCUUUUAUGCUUUACAUAACAUAACCUUUAUCCAAGACAAAAAGGUAAUUGUAUUCUGGGUACACACUGAAUCAUUUUUGAAAAUCAGAUAGAGCAUACCAUUUUGUCAUUUUAGUAACCUUUCUUGAAAAACAUACCUAGCUAGCUUCAGAAGUGUGCACGUGCAGUAUCAUAAGCAUUAUAUGGCAGCAGUGUUGGCAACAUUAUUUGUAACAAUGUUAUAUAUUGUUGCAAACACUCAUUCCUUCUAGUGUUCAUCAAUGAAUGUCAAUUUUAAAACAUUGUCACAGUCUUUGACAAAGGAUAGAAAGAGGAUAAUGUAAAUCCAAAAAAUACAGUAAGUAGUAAAAUUGCACACAAUGGCCUAUAGUUAUCAAGGUCUGGCGGACCUGAUCCAACACUGCGGAUCAGGUCCGCCAGACCUCGCUGAAUAUGGCAAGCAAUACGCUCGCCGUAUUCAGCAUUGCACCAGCAGCUCACAAGAGCUGCUGGUGCAACGCCGCCCCCUGCAGAUUCGUGGCCAAUCAUCCACCAGCAGGGGGUGUCAAUCAACCCGAUCGUACUCGAUCGGGUUGAUUUCCGGGCGAUGUCUGUCUGCCUGCUCAGAGCAGGCGGACAGGUUAUAGAGCAGCGCUCUUUGUGACCGCUGCUUCAUAACUGCUGUUUCUGGCGAGUCUGCAGGCUCGCCAGAAACACAGGGCAUCAAGCUCCAUACGGAGCUUGAUAGAUAGGCCCCUAUGGGGUAUAUUUACCUCGCCGGAAACUAUGCUGCAGCAAAUCAUGUCUGCCCGGCAUGUGAUAAAUCAAACCCCUAUAUUUGAAUACAGAAAAAGUUUGAUUUGACUGUCUUGUUCCUUUAUAAGGACAGAAAAGUCCUAUUUGAAGUACACAUUUUAAAUACAGUUAGAAGUAAUUUAUAAUAUACUUUGGUAUGCGAAAAUAGCUUUACUAAACAUUUUUUCAAUAGUACAAUAGUAUUUUGUAAUGAACAAUACACAAUGCACAUAUACUAAGGACCAGAGACCUAACACCAUUGCAGUUAAAUAAAUGCUUCUAACUGAACUUAUGCACUGCUGUACAUUUCAAAUAAGAGAAAGCUAAGGAGCGUACACAAUUUAAAGGGACAUAAAAACCAAAAUGUUUCUUUAAUUAUUUUUUUUUUAAUUUACUUCUUUUAUCAAUUUUGCUUCAUUCUCUCUAUAUCCUUUCUUGAAUGAAUAGCAAUGCACUACUGUGAGCUAACUGAACACAUCGGUAAGCCAAUCACAUGAGGCAAAUAUGUGCAGACACCAAUCAGCAGCUAGCUCCCAGCUCCUGAGCCUAUCUAGAUAUGAUUUUCAACAAAGGAUACCGAGAGAAUUAAGCAAAUUAAAUAAAAGAAGUACAUUAGAAAGUUGUUUAAAAAUGUAUGUUCUAUUUAAAUCACGAAAGAACAUUUUUGGGUUUCAUGUCCCUUUAAAGAAACAGUCGCGUCCCCAGAGAAUGAAUUACUUAUGAGAGAGAGUUUUGUGUACAAUACAUUUUCUAUAUUUUUAGAGAGUUUGGAGUAGAUUUAUUAAAGUUCGAGCAGACACGAUUCGCUGUAAUGAAUCAUGUUCGCUCUACCUCGCUAAAUGCCGACAGCAUAUGCUGUCGGCAUUUAUAAUUGCACAAGCAUUUUUAGUGAAAUGCUUGUGCAAUGCUGACCCCUGCUCACCGGCGGCCAAUUGGCCGCUAGCAGAGGGUGUCAAUCAUUCCGAUCAGAUCGGGAUGAUUUCAGUCCACCACCAGAAAUGUGGCGGAGAAGUAAAGGAGCAGCGGUCCGGUGAGCCUGAAAUAAUGGGCGUAGAAAGCAGCAUCCACUGCUUAAUAAAUGUAUCCCUUUGGCCUCUAGUUAUCAAGCCGUCAACCUCAAAUAUGCUGGAAUUCCGCAGCGUAUUUGUGGCGAGGCUGAUUCGCUUAAGUUAUCAAGCCCUACACACCGGCAAAAGUAGAAUCUAGUGACGUAAGCUUCGAUCCGCCUGACUCAGUCCGACACAGAUAGAUUCUUACGUCACUCCAGAUGUUCCGAACGCAAGUUUGGCACAAUCUGACUACUUUUGGAAGUUAUCAAAUGACUACCAGGUACGAUCGGCACUUUUCCAGCCCAGCGUACCUGGUUUUCAAUCCACCGCCCUGGAGGUGGUGGAUCCCAUAGGUAUCAAUGGGAGUCUGACAAGAGCGAAAGUUCAUGUUCGCUGCUGCCCGAUAUCCCAUUGAUUCCUAUGGGAGAUGUCUGUACCUAACACCCUAACAUGUACCCCGAGUCUAAACACCCCUAAUCUGCCCCCCUACACCGCCGCUACCUACCUUAAACAUGUUAACUCCUAAACCGCCACUCCCGGAGCCCACCGCCACUCUAAUAAACUU